AUGCCGAGCCAUAAGGAGACGCGGCUGCUGCACCUCAACGAGAUGGAGAAGCUGGAUAAGACCCUCUUCAGGCUGGAGCAAGGGUUUGAACUGCAGUUUCGAUUGGGCCCAACUCUUCAAGGCAAGCAUGUUACUGUGUGUACAAAUUAUCCAGCUUCUGGAGACGUAUUUGAUCGCCACAAGUUCAGAACGUUAUCAUGGCACAAUCCCACAGGAAAAGAGGAUGACUCUGACAAAUAUUGCAAGUUAGAUCUCCAAAUUUCUGGGUCGUAUCAGUACUAUUUUAGUCUUGGAAAUGAGAAAAGUGGUGGAGGUUACAUAGUUGUGGAUCCUAUUUUGCGUGUUGGAGCCGAUAACCACGUGUUACCUUUGGACUGUGUUACACUCCAGACAUUCCUCGCUAAGUGUCUGGGACCAUUCCAUGAAUGGGAAAAUAGACUUAAAGUUGCAAAAGAAACAGGUUACAACAUGAUUCAUUUUACACCACUGCAGAAGCUUGGACUAUCUAGAUCAUGCUAUUCACUGGCUGAUCAGUUAGAAGUUAAUCCUGAAUUUUCAAGCCAUAACAAAAAAUGCACUUGGAAUGAUAUAGGAGCUCUUGUGGAAAAAAUGAAAAAUGAAUGGAAUAUGCUUUGCAUCACAGAUGUAGUCUACAACCAUACUGCUGCUAACAGUGAGUGGCUCAGGAUGCAUCCAGAAUGUGGCUACAACCUUGUAAAUUCUCCUCACCUGAAGCCAGCCUGGGUCUUAGAUAGAGCUCUGUGGCACCUGAGCUGUAUGGUGGCUGAUGGAAGGUGUAUUGAUAAAGGAGUCCCUCCCAUGAUAGAAAAUGAUCAUCACCUGAAUUGUAUCCGUAAAAUCAUUUGGGAAGAUAUAUAUCCAAAAAUUAAACUAUGGGAAUUUUUCCAAGUGGAUGUUAAUAAAGCUGUGCAGCAAUUUAGAACCCUUCUAACUAAAGGCAAAAUAGGCACUAAGUCUGAUCCGAAUCAACAUCUUCAAAUAGUUCAAGACCCUGAUUAUAGAAGAUUUGGUUGUACUGUAGACAUGAAUAUAGCACUGGCAACGUUCAUACCACACAGCAAUGGACCGGGUGCAAUAGAAGAAUGUUGUAACUGGUUUCGCAAGAGAAUUGAAGAACUGAAUGCUGAGCAAUACAGACAGAUUCAUCAUCAUCAAGAGCAGGCUGUCAACUGUCUUGCAGGAACAGUGGUAUAUGAACGUCUGGCCGGUCAUGGUCCUAAACUAGGCCCUAUUAGUAGAAAAUAUCCUUUAGUUACCAGGUAUUUUACUUAUCCAUUCAAAGACCUGACUGUGGAGGAAGAACAAAGUAUGAUGCAUCAGCCAGAUAAAGCUUGUUAUUUCAUGGCCCAUAACGGAUGGGUUAUGGGUGAUGAUCCUCUUAGAAACUUUGCAGAACCAGGUUCAAAUGUUUAUUUGAGAAGAGAGCUUAUUUGUUGGGGAGACAGUGUGAAACUGCGGUAUGGCAACAAACCCGAAGACUGCCCGUACCUCUGGGCACAUAUGAAAAAAUACACAGAAAUCACUGCCAAACAUUUCCAUGGUAUUCGUCUUGACAACUGUCACUCUACACCUAUUCAUGUAGCUGAGUACAUGCUGGACACAGCUAGAAAGUUGCGAGCUGAUUUGCUUGUAGUGGCUGAACUGUUCACAGGAAAUGAGGAGCUGGACAAUAUCUUUGUGAAUAGUCUGGGCAUUACCUCCUUAAUAAGAGAGGCCAUGACAGCUUAUAAUAGCCACGAAGAGGGAAGGUUGGUUUAUCGUUUUGGAGGUGAACCUGUUGGCUCUUUUGUUCAGCCACGUUUGCGGCCUUUGGUGCCAGGAAUAGCGCAUGCGCUCUUCAUGGAUAUUACACAUGACAAUGAGUGUCCAAUUCAGCAUCGAUCUGCAUAUGAUGCACUUCCAAGUGCAAUGAUUGUUUCCAUGGCGUGUUGUGCUACAGGAAGCACCAAAGGUUAUGAUGAACUAGUACCCCACCAGAUUUCUGUAGUAUCUGAAGAGAGAUUUUAUUCAACCUGGAAUCCACAAGCACACCUGAAUUCUGGUGAAGUUAAUUUCCAGACAGGAAUUCUAGCUGGAAGGCUAGCCAUGAACAGACUGCAUCAGGAGCUGGGAACUAAAGGCUUCAAUCAGGUGUAUGUAGAUCAAGUUGAUGAAGAUAUAGUAGCAGUGACAAGACAUUGCCCUAACACCCACCAGUCUGUUGUGGCUGUAAGCAGAACUGCUUUCAGGGAUCCAAAGACUUCCUUCUACAGUAAAGAAGUACCUGAAAUGUGUAUCCCAGGAAAAAUUGAAGAAGUAGUAUUUGAGGCUAGAACUAUUGAGAGAAGUACUAGUCCUUACAAAAAAGAUGAACAUUUUAUAAAUGGAUUGCCUAAUUUCACAGUGGAACUCAGAGAGCAUAUCCAGAUUAAAGAGAGUAAAAUCAUAAAGCAAGCUGGAACUGCCAUAAAAGGGCCAAAUGAAUUUGUUCAAGAAAUAGAAUUUGAAAAUUUAACACCAGGAAGUGUAAUAGUAUUCAGAGUUAGUCUUGAUCCAAAGGCACAGGAGGCUGUUGGUGUACUUCGCAAUCAUCUGAUUCAGUUCAGUCCUCACUUUAAAUCUGGGAGUCUUCCUGAUGAUCAUUCAGCACCUAUAUUAAAAACAUUAUUUUCUUCAAUUGCAUCUAAACUAACUUUGGCUGACUUAAAUCAAGUGCUGUAUAGGUGUGAGUCAGAAGAACAAGAAGAUGGUGGAGGUUGUUACAAUAUACCAAACUGGUCAUCCCUGAAGUAUGCAGGUCUCCAAGGGUUAAUGUCAGUAAUGGCAGACGUUAGACCAAAGAAUGAUUUGGGACACCCGUUCUGUGAUAAUUUAAGAUCUGGAGACUGGAUGAUCGAUUAUGUCAGUAAUCGUCUGAUUUCACGUGCAGGAGCCUGUGCAGAAGUUGGUAAAUGGUUGAAGGCCAUGUUUGUAUAUUUGAAGAAAAUUCCACGCUACCUUAUUCCAUGUUACUUUGAUGCCAUUUUAGUGGGUGCAUACACAACUCUUCUGGAUGUGGGAUGGCAUCAGAUGUCUAGCUUUGUGCAGAAUGGAUCAACAUUUGUUAAACACCUUUCCUUGGGCUCAAUCCAGAUGUGUGGGAUAGGAAAAUAUGCAUGUCUGCCAGAUCUGUCUCCUUCCUUACAUGAUGUUCCCUAUAGGCUGAAUGAGAUUACAAAUAAGAAGGAACAGUGCUGUGUUACUUUAGCAGCUGGUAAGUGAGAACAACAUUUAUGUCAAG